UGACACAUGCACGACUACAAUCCGCUUCCGGGUCUAUGCGCAUGAGUCUAUUCAUAGACUUGAAUGUCGGCUCCGGGUCGGGAGGCGCGCUUCGGAAGACGGACCGCGGGAGAAGCAUGUGAAACCAAACCCCGAGAGAGUCGGGCCCGAGGCAAGCCGAGGCAGGCAAGCAGCGCUAGUCAGCACGGAUGACUGCCCGGGCGGCGGGAGCCUCCGAGCGUGGCCGCUGCCACCGUCCGCGGCGAUGCUUGCUCACUGCGGUCGACGGCUUACGCUUGGCUUAUGCCGCCCACCUCCUAUCGUCGCAGCCCCCGCAGGCCGCACUACCUUUCAGUGAUGGCACGUCCGGCUACGUAGGCACAACCUGCGCCAUGUUGCAUUUGUCGCCAGCUUCUGAGCCCUACGACGUAAAUCUAUCCCGCGGGUCAUCCCAGGGUCAUCCGAAUAGUUGCGAGGGGAACUGUACACACCGGUGGACAGUCAGCCUGAGCUACAGACAGAUACUCAGAGAGGUCCUCCCGGUGGGGAGCGUAAUCAAAACUUGUCGGACUCGAUCGAUCGGGGCAGUUCUCUUCCUGCGGCCUGCCAGGCCACAUCCGCCCGCAGGCCGAAUUCACGCGCACCCGCGCUCGCCGCCCAGAUUGCGUAGAUCUAUGGAUGCACUCGGCACCGCCAUGCGUUAUAUUCUACCUUCGCCCUCGACCGUAACGCCGCCUCACCGCCUCCUGCCUGUCCGAGCUCUGAACAGCAUUGCGUACACGCCCCUACCCUGGUCUUCUCCGGUACCGCGACUCCUCCCCUGAGCGCGGAUCCUGCAAGCACGCUUCAGAGUCCACUCUCAUCACCUCUGCAUUAUUCUUUCGGGCGGGUGGCUCCCGUAUCCGCCGCGGACUACCAUCCCAGGGUCAUUGAACCGCUUUAGU